CAUGGCGACGUCCUAACAAUCCAGAAAGAUUUCGUUAACUAAAAUAGAUCUAGAUCUAGAGUCUUGUCCACAACUUAGAUUCUAGAACUAAUGUGUACAUUACUGCUCUAUUAGAUCUAGACUAUAUUCGGUGUUAAUAAGAAACUGCAACCUUUUGAAGAAAUACCAAAAAUAAAUACAACUUUGGUUUGAUAGAAAGCUUGCAGUUUUUCACAAAUUGCGUAGAUUAUGAAGGGCGUCUGUUCAAAAACGUGUCUUAGCAAGCACCUAAGAGAUAUUAACCUAACAGAUGAGAAUUAGAAUCAGAAAUUACAUUUUCCCAUCAAAAAAAGGAUGCUGCAGAAACAGUUGAGAUCAUGGAUGCGCCAACAAUUGGUCUAACAUUAUACUCUGAUUUAAGCAAAGGCCUUGGCAAAACUCUUAUGUUCUUGUUUCGUCUUGCUUGGUUUUCUAAAAUCAGAUUACCUGCUUAUUUAACAUUCAUAUUCUUGGCUGCAGAUAUAAGACUUAGCAUAGAGAUUGUGGUUGGGGAGCAGCAGAUCCAGGAUGUGCCUGAGGAAGAGAUUUGAAUAUGCACUGUUGUGUUGCUUUAUCAUUUGAUGUUGAUAUAUGCUGAGUCUUGUACACUAGUCAUGAGCAGAGGUGUACGUGAUUUACGAGACCUAAUUUGUGUCUCCAGACUGACAUUUAAUGACAGCGAUGAGGAGGGAGUUUAUUCUGAUUGUGAUAUUUCACUUAACAAAGAAAUCAGCAAUUUAUCUUUGUCUGAUCACUCUUACGCAAAUAGCCCUCAGGAUGACUCUACACUUGUCUCUGUGACUUCCCCUGACUCUGGUUUUAACACAGAAUCUCCUGGCCUUACACAUUCUAAGUCCUCUGAAGCUUGUCAGAAAGAUUUGGGAUUUUCAAAACAGAUUUUGCCAUCUUCUAGGGAUCAGAAAAAUGUAAAGUCACAAAAGAAAAAAAGGAAAAAACUAUCUGCUCCACUUUCAACAAGUCUGCACGAUCUACCUAAGCCAACACCUCUCCCACCAGUGCCGAACUUAACAAUAUCAAAUGUUAAGAAUGUUGACCGGAGCAAAUCUUCUGAUUCCACUGGUCAACAAUCCAUCAAAAAGAACAUUCGAUCAAACUUUGAUGAGAUAUUAACAUUUAUGGAUGCCACUAUUGUAGCCAGCUGGCUCAAGCGAUCGAACGAUGCCAUUCAAGAGUUAACAAAGUAUUGCAGCAGUGGAGAUAACUUUGUUUAUUUUGCACAGUUUUGGCUAUUAGAUUUCCCUGAUGCUCAAAAAAAGGACAUAUUUUCAAUGGAAUAUGACAUUUUGUUAAAUGAGGUCGCCUUGGCUUUUUCUGUGGGUAGAGAGAGUAAACAGGUUUCUCGACGUGAUAUUAUAGACUUGUUGGGAGCAGUUUUUAAAGAAUAUCCAAUGAGAUUAAUAGGUAGGCAUGGGCCUUACAUAUUUUUGGACUAUUUAGAUAUUCUUACAUCAGAAAGACAGGAUCAGUACAAAAAGUUGCUCUCUGAUGUCAGAUGCUCAACAUCUAAUCGGCAGUAUGCACAGUGGCUUUUAGCAACCAGAUGCUUUGCUCUGGUCAAUGUAUGGUCCUCAGUCAUUAAUUUCUACAGAAAUCUAACAGGCCACAAUUCCAAGUCUAGUAAAAAUUUUGAUACAUCUUUGAAAGGAACUUUUCUUCAAAGGAUGACAGAGUCUAUACAGUUUGGAUUCAUUGAUGUAGUAACCUAUUUAAUUGAAAGUGGACAUAUCAAAUCAACAUAUUCAGACUCUCAUGGUAAAUCUUUGUUGUUUACCGCUGUCAUGUGUAAACAACCAGCCAUUGUGAAAUAUUUUCUCUCAUUGGUGAAUCCAACACUGGAUGUGAACCAAACAGCUGAAACUGGUAAUACACCACUUCAUGCUGCUGCGAAUAUUGGUGAUCUCCAGAUUGUGGAGUUACUUUGUCGAUGUGAUAGAAUCAAUGUGAAUUGUGUCAACUAUCAGUGUGAGCAAGCUACUCCUUUACACUUGGCUGUCAUGCAUGGACACACAGAGAUUAUUGAGUGUCUAUUAAAACAUGGAGCUGAUCCUUUACUCAAGAUGGGUCAAACUACUGCAGUACAGUUAGCAAAAGACCUGGGCAAUUCCCAGAUAAUCUCCCUUCUGGAAAGCAAGUUGUGAUUGAACAUUUUUUUUCAUGUGUGCUCAAAUGUUUUUUAAAAUAUAUUUCAAUUUCUGUCUUGGAGACAAUGGAAUUCUCUGAGCUGCUUUAUUGUCAUGUCCUGGAAACUUCAAAACACAACCAUCAUUUGGACUGAUCUUGGCAGAAAGUGUUCAUAAAGGUGUAUUAUGCCACAUAGCAUGUCAUAAUAAAUCUGGAUUUUUUAAUUAAUUCAUUUUUUUUUUUUUUCAAAAAGCAGUUUUAUGCAAGAGUUUAUGUAAAAUAGGCUCUAUUGUCUGUUAUUUUAUUAAGUCAGUAACUGUGAUUGUUUAUUUGUCUGGAAAAGAAGAUAUAAUUCUUUUUUAAAUCUAGCAGACUUUUAGAUCUGUAUAUCAAAUUAAUUUUGUGAUUUAGCAAGGUAUUAUUAUUAUUUUUUUUUUUUUGUGAUAAAAAAUAUAAUAGCAAACAGUUAUUUUUUUCAUAAGGUGCACAAUAACCAUUAGUAUUUUUACCCAAGAAAUAAAUCACCUGUUGAAAACUAUUUAUAUAAUAAAUAAAUUACUCCCCUUUAAGAUCUCUUGAGCAGGAGAAGAAACCAAUCAUUGUUAAGGUCAUGUGACUAAAUGAAUGUCGUACUCACAACAACAGAUUUAAAGUUUUGAUAAGAACUAUAUUGACUCUAGAGUAAAGUAAAAUUCUAAUAUCCACCUGGGCUCAUUAAUCACUUAUUUUAAACAUUUUUCAAUCAAGCAUUGUAUCAAUAAAGCUUAUCUUGCCUGAUUGCAGUAUGCUGUGGCUCUUAUAAUUUUUUCUAACAUAGAUUGAAGCCUUGUAUUUCCAUUUUGAUGCUACCCCCAUGAAAUAUUUCCCAUCAAAUAUUUCUUGUUUUGCAUUAACAGUGAUCAGCCAAUCUCCCAAAACAUUGUCGUGGAGCUAUUCAAAGUAAUAUGAUGUUUCAUAUGUUUUAGACUUAUAGAUCUUUGAACGUAAGCUAUCAAUGUAAAGAAAAAGUCUUUUAAGGGUAUAACAUUUGUUAAUUCAAAUACUUUACAAACAUCGAAAUAAACAUUGUUUUUAAAAUAUGAAAAAAGAAUUAUACAAGUUUUGAAUUGUUCACAAAAAGUUUUUUUUUCUUAAUUGAAUUUUCAAUGAUAUUUAAAAGUAUAUAUUCUAAUGAUGAUAAAAAGCAUUUAUUUUCAGAAAACUUGAUGAUUAGAUUUGUUGGUGGAUUUGGUCAUGUUUGAAAUGUGUUGGCUCUUAUACUAUAGCAUUAUGGGGAUUUAAUAGAAUUAAUGACUUAAGCUACAAUGAAGUGAAAACCAUCAGAAUAAAGUGGUAACAUUGUAAUAGCCACUCUCAUAAUUAGACUAAGAGAACCAUAUCAAGUUGUAUUGAAAUGUACAUACCAAAAGGAAAUCAAAUGUCAUAGAUCUAAAAUAGAUUUAAAAUGGGAGUUAACUACACUGUGAUUAAAAGGCUGUGAAAUAAUAUGUGACUUAUACAAGUAAGAAAGAAAAAAUAGAAUUCCAUAUCCUCACAGCAAGAGAGAGCUACUGGCUUGAUAAUUUGCUCUCAAAUUCUUAUUCAAACUGAAAUGAAAUGUAGCACAAAUAAGGGGAACUAGUUGUAAGUUGAGAGUUUCUUUUUAAAAUUUAUUUCAAAUCUGCUUUUGAUUGUAUACUUCAGGCAUAAAUAAGUCAGGUAGAAUAAGACAUAAUAAGUGAAAUACAAGCUCAUAAAUGUAACUUUUUAUUGAGUUCUGAAGUGUGUGGGUAUUGACCAGAAGAUAUAGUUAAACCUAAUGUCCCUGACAUACAGGUGUGCCAGUUAAGUGCAAUUAUCUUUGGAAAGAACAGCUGUAAAAUACUAAAAUAUAUGGUUUUUUUGUUUGUUUGUGUUGAUUUGAUUUGACAUAAAAUAAAUAUAUAAAAAAUUCAA